AUGAAGAACCUCGAGAAGGGUGGCGCAUCCGGCCACGGCUACACAGACGCCGAGAAUCCCUUUGGCGACGCAAAGGUGACGGAGCGUUUUGUGUGGGGCAAGAAGAUCGAGAAGCAGCUCCAGGAUGGCGCAGACGUGAGAGAACUCACCUCCAAAGCCGAGAGCCGGCGGCAACAGGAGCGCCUGGCGGAGAUAGAGAAGGUGCGGAAGCGGAGGGAGGAGCGUGCUGCGGAGCGCGCGCUGCAGGAAGAGGAGCUGAGCAUCAUGCAGCGCGAGCGCGCUGUGCUGGAGGGUGUCGAGAUGGAGGCUAAGGAAGAGGAGUUCCACCUGGAGACGGCGAAGAAGCGGGCGCAGCAGCGCAUGCGCGAGGGCCGGGCCAAGCCGAUCGACGCGCUGGCGAUCAACCUGUUUCUCAUGGAGGAGUUUGACGUCAACAUGACGGCCCCUUACUCGGUCUUCAUCGGCCUCACCCUGGACGAUGUCGAGGAGCUCUGCGACGACAUCAAGGGCUACCAGGCGCUGGACAGCAAGGACGGAGUGCACAAGGAGUUUUGGGACGCGCUGGGUGAGGUGGCAGAGGUCGAGUACCUGGAGGCGAAACACACGGAGGAGGCCGACCGCGCACGCAUGCGCGGCGAGCCGGAGCCGGAGCACCGCGGCGAAGUCGGCCUGCAUGCCGCCGUUGACAACGACAUCCAGAUGCUCCUGGCAGGCAAGUCGCACAUGGAGCUGUCGGAGAUGGAGGAGGGGAUCCAGGCGCAGCUGGACGGCGGCGACGCGGCCGACCCGGAGUUUCUCGCCGCGGUGCUGAAGCGGCUGGCGCUGGCAAAAGCCAAGGCGCGGCUGCGCGAGAUACAUGAGGCCCUCCUUCGCAAACACCUCGACCGCAUCGUCGCAGCGCCCGACCACGCUGAAGAUGUUGCCGCCGCCAUGGGCUGGGCCGACGAGGACAAUGGGAAGGUGGCCCCGGAGAGGGACGAGGCAGAGAUUGAUCUACCGAUGGACGAGGACACAGAAAAGGCCGAAGCUGCGGGUCAGCAGCCGGUCGAGCCGGUGCAGGAAACCGAGGAAGACGAGUAUGAGGAGCCCGAAGAAGAGAAUGUUGGGCAGUGGUCGCCGCGGCCGCUCGAGCCGGAGCACGUGGUGGGACAGGAUGUGAUUCCUGAGGAGGAGGACGCUCGGCUGCUGGACCUGCUCAGAAAGAAGGUGAGGUACCAUGCAGCGCAGCAGUUCAGCCGCGCGGCUAUGCAGGAGGCUGCGCAGCGCGGCAGCGGUGCCAGCGCUUCCGACCGCGCCUACCAGGACAUGCUGCAGGAUGCAACGACGGCCGGCGGCGUGCACCCCAUGAUGCGCCUUAUUGCCGACGCCGCGCCGCAGAGGGGCGAGAUCGCCAUGCGCUCAGGGCAGGCCCCAGAGGUGGAGGAUGCUGAGACGCAGCGCUUCAAGGCGGCCUCGGCGCGGCUCAUGGGCGACAUCAACGACGCCGGAGACGCGCCCUUCCGCGGAGAAGUCCAGCUCGACUCCAAGGUGUACUGGUGGAAUGAGAAGUACCGGCCGCGCAAGCCCAAGUACUUCAACCGCGUGCACACGGGCUACGAGUGGAACAAGUACAACCAGACGCACUAUGACCAUGACAACCCCCCGCCCAAAGUGGUCCAGGGCUAUAAGUUCAACAUCUUCUACCCGGACCUCAUCGACAAGGAUGAGGCGCCCACCUAUUCCUGCGAAAAGGACCCGAACGCGGAUGAGCACGGCAGCACGUGCCUGCUGAUAUUCCACGCGGGGCCGCCGUACGAGGACAUCGCCUUCAAGAUCCUGAACAAGGAGUGGGAGUACAGCCACAAGAAGGGCUUCAAGUCCACCUUUGAGCGUGGCAUUCUGCACCUCUACUUCAACUUUAAACGAAACCGCUACCGCCGCUAGCCGCCCCGGGCUUCACCGGCCGCUGCAGCCGCUGCCUGAUUGUCUACUCAGGAAGCCUCUUCUUUGGCACUGGUAGUGUGGGCACCGCAGAUUAAUUGGCAGGAUCACGUCAUUGCAUUCUCGUGGGAGUCUUGCGUUGGGAUGCAGCAAUGCUACCGCAGCUUAGAAACAGUGAGGGUUAUGUGUGUGAUAACUUAAAUAGGACAUGCGCUCAAGUGAGCAUGCUUGGGAAGGUGUUCUGUUUCAUUGACAUGUCAGCGGUGUUUGCAGAGAUUGUGAAUUGGAAGUAAUAUAAAACGUAAUUGUAACCGAAUUUUAAGUGCC